UACGUGCCGGCAUCCGCGCGAGUCACGUCCUCCGCGUGCAGUGAUUUCGCUAUAGGUGACACGCCGUAGGCCUUCUGCGCCGACCGAGUCUCCAGUGUACAAACUAACACCACCGCUUCUAACUGCGCAAACUGAUACCUGUCCGCGUAGUAUACCGCACUGUUUUGUUUUGUGAAAGCUCAAGCCGGGUAAUCGAACGAGCAGCUUACAAACUUUUUUUGUGCGAGAGGUUACUUCUGCUGUCUUCCGACUCAACAAAACAGGCCAGAGACGAACAGAGAAUAGCCGCUUCUCGUCAAAAUGAGCACAUUUCCGUAAGAGUGUGCCUUUUCUGCCGUUACAGCCGAAAAUAGUGACGAUGUUAUAGUCUGUCUUAGUUCACGUAUUGUGCAACAGUGAGUACACUGGUUGGUAUGAUUCCUGGUGACAAACGUGUUGGAACGUGGCACAAGUGAACAGACAGGUGUGGUAGUCUGAUGUGACUGUGCGUAAUACGCGCAACGGGCUCCAGAGCAGCUUGCGCCCGCGCGACAGAAACAAGUUACUGGGCGGCCGCGCUGUGCGUGUCGCGGUGUGGCUGCGUGGCAGCGGGUGGCGAUGGUGCGUGGGUGGGCGGCCACGCACGGCAACUGCCACGGCAUCGGCCAGCGCCGCGCCCCAUGGCCGCUGUGACGGCGCCGCUCGCCAACCUCCUGCGGAUCGUCAUAGUGACGAAGUUCAUCCGCAUUGGAAUCGCGGACAAGAAUGACAACCCGCCGUACUUCGACAAGGCGCUGUACGAGGCAGAGGUGGACGAGAACGAGGACAUCCAGCAUACGGUGCUCACCGUCACCGCCAAGGACCACGACGAGUCGUCCCGUAUUCGAUAUGAGAUUACGAGCGGGAACAUAGGCGGCUCGUUCGCGGUGAAGAACAUGACGGGUGCCAUCUACGUGGCGGGCCCGCUGGACUACGAGACCAGGAAGCGGUAUGAGCUGCGCCUGGCGGCCUCGGACAACCUCAAGGAGAAUUACACGACGGUGGUGAUCCACGUGAAGGACGUCAACGACAAUCCGCCGGCCUUCGAGAGGCCGACCUACCGCACGCAGAUCACCGAGGAGGACGACCGCAACCUGCCAAAGCGCGUGCUGCAGGUCACAGCAACUGAUGGUGAUAAAGAUCGACCACAGAAUAUUGUCUACUUCUUGACAGGUCAAGGAAUUGAUCCUGACAAUCCAGCCAACAGCAAAUUUGAUAUAAAUAGGACAACAGGAGAAAUCUUUGUUCUUAAGCCAUUGGACAGGGACCAGCCAAAUGGCCGUCCUCAGUGGAGGUUUACAGUUUUUGCUCAAGAUGAAGGUGGAGAAGGUCUUGUUGGUUAUGCUGAUGUACAAGUAAAUCUAAAAGAUAUCAAUGAUAAUGCACCAGUUUUCCCCCAAGGGAUAUAUUUUGGAAAUGUCACAGAGAAUGGGACUGCUGGAAUGGUUGUUAUGACAAUGACAGCAGUAGACUAUGAUGAUCCAAGUGAAGGCACAAAUGCAAGGCUUAUCUAUUCUAUUGAAAAGAAUGUCAUAGAAGAAGAGACUGGCUCACCAAUAUUUGAAAUUGAAUCAGAAACAGGUGUAAUUAAGACAGCUGUGUGUUGUCUUGACCGUGAACGCACACCAGAUUAUUCAAUACAGGUUGUUGCCAUGGAUGGUGGAGGGCUUAAAGGAACUGGAACAGCUUCUAUAAGAGUAAAAGAUAUUAAUGAUAUGCCACCUCAGUUUACAAAGGAUGAAUGGUUUACUGAAGUUGAUGAAACAGAUGGAACUAACUUGCCUGAUACUCCCAUAUUAACUGUAACUGUUCAUGAUGAAGAUGAGACAAAUAAAUUCCAGUAUAAAGUUAUCGAAAACAGUGGUUAUGGUGCUGAUAAGUUCACUAUGGUAAGAAACAAUGAUGGAACAGGAUCACUAAAGAUAGUCCAACCACUGGAUUAUGAAGAUCAGCUUCAGAGUAAUGGAUUCCGUUUCCGGAUACAAGUCAAUGAUAAGGGAGAAGACAAUGAUAAUGAUAAGUACCAUGUGGCAUACUCUUGGGUCGUUGUAAAACUGAGGGACAUCAAUGACAAUAAGCCACAAUUUGAGCGUCCAAACAUUGAAGUGUCUGUAUUUGAAAGUGCUGAAUUGGGGAAAACCCUUGAAACCUUUAAGGCCAGUGAUCCAGAUCAAGGAGGCAAAAGUAAAGUAAAAUAUGCCAUUGAUCGGACAUCAGACAGAAAGCGACAGUUUUCUAUUAAUCAAGAGGGCACUGUAUCUAUUCAGAGGAAGCUUGACAGAGAAGAGACACCGAGGCAUCAGGUAAAAGUCUUAGCUAUUGAUGACGGAGUGCCACCGAAAACAGCAACAGCUACACUCACUGUUAUAGUUCAAGACAUAAAUGACAAUGCUCCCACAUUCUUGAAGGAUUAUAGACCUGUAUUACCUGAGCAUGUACCGCCUCGGAAGGUAGUAGAAAUACUUGCAACAGAUGAUGAUGACAGAUCAAAAAGCAAUGGACCACCAUUCACAUUCAGGAUGGACCCCAAUGCAGAUGAUGUUAUACGUGCAUCAUUCAAAGUCGAACAUGAUCAAAAGGGUGCUAAUGGAGAUGGAAUGGCAGUUGUUUCGUCACUCCGAUCAUUUGACCGAGAACAGCAGAAGGAGUACUUGAUUCCCAUUGUUAUAAAGGAUGCUGGUAAUCCUGCAAUGUCUGGCACUAGCACACUCACUGUAGUCAUUGGUGAUGUCAAUGACAACAAAAUGCAACCUGGUUCAAAGGAAAUAUUUGUCUACAAUUACAUGGGGCAGGCUCCGGACACAGAAAUUGGACGUGUUUAUGUUUAUGAUCUGGAUGAUUGGGAUUUGCCAGACAAGAAGUUUUACUGGGAAGGAAUAGAUCAUCCCAGAUUUAAACUGAAUGAAGAUUCAGGCAUGAUAAUCAUGAGACAUGGCACACAGGAUGGCAGGUAUAAUUUGAGGUUCAAGGUGUAUGACCGUAAACACACUCAGACUGAUGUACAAGCAAACGUAACAGUCAUUGUCAGAGAGAUUCCUCAUGAUGCUGUUAUUAACUCUGGCUCUAUAAGAAUAGCUGGUAUUACAGAUGAAGAUUUCAUUAGAGUGUGGAACUACAGGACACAAAGUCUUCAGAGGAGCAAAGCUGAUCGAUUCAGAGACAAACUAGCCGAAUUGCUCGAUACAGAAAGGGAGAAUGUUGAUGUUUUUAGUGUACAGUUACGAAAAAAGCAUCCACCUGUCACAGAUAUUAGAUUUGCAGCCCAUGGCUCCCCAUACUACAAACCUGUGAGACUGAAUGGACUUGUGCUUAUGCACAGAGAGGAGAUUGAAAAAGAUGUUGGUAUAAAUAUAACUAUGGUAGGAAUUGAUGAGUGCCUUUAUGAAAAUGUGAUGUGUGAAGGAAGUUGUACAAAUAUACUAGACAUUAGUAAUUUACCAUACAUGGUUAAUGCGAACAAGACUGCACUGGUAGGAGUGCGUGUUGAUGUCAUAGCAGAAUGUACUUGUGGUGCACGUAAUUUCAGUAAAGGAGAGAGCUGUAGAUUGAGUCCAUGUUAUAAUGGAGGACGUUGUAUGGAGGGCAGAUUUGGACUGAGUUGCUCAUGUCCAACUGGUUAUAGUGGUCCAAGGUGUCAGCAGACAGGUCGUAGUUUCAGAGGAAAUGGAUGGGCAUGGUAUCCUCCUCUGGAAAUGUGUGAUAGUUCUCAUCUCAGCCUUGAGUUUAUAACUAAAAAGAAAGAUGGAAUGCUGCUUUAUAAUGGACCUAUUGUGCCUCCAGAGUCUAAUGAAAUUAUUGUGUCAGAUUUUAUUUCCUUAGAGCUUGAAAGUGGAAUGCCUAAGCUUUUAAUUGAUUUUGGGUCAGGCACUCUGGAACUACGUGUGAAAACAAAAAAGAGUUUAGAUGAUGGAGAAUGGCACAGAGUUGAUAUAUUUUGGGAUACUGAGAGUGUUCGCAUGGUAAUAGAUUACUGCAAAUCUGCUGAUGUAGUUGAACUGGAAGAUGGAACUCCACCAGAUUUUGAUGAUUCAAGCUGUCAGGCGCAUGGUACCAUUCCACCAUUUAACGAAUACCUGAAUGUGAAUGCGCCAUUGCAACUUGGGGGUUGGUUUGUGGAAGCUAUUAACCCAGAAUUGUACCACUGGCAUGCAGCACCAUCCGGAAAAGGUUUUGAUGGUUGUAUUAAAAAUGUCUUCCACAACAGCAAGCUUUAUGACCUUGCUCAUCCUGGCCAUCAUCGCAACAGUGUAGCUGGUUGCCCUCAGACAGAGGAAAUAUGCAACACACAGGACUCUACCAUUCGCUGUUGGGAACAUGGUACUUGUGUAGGUAGUUUCUCAGAGGGGCGUUGCGAGUGCAAACCUGGAUGGACAGGUCCCAGCUGUACUCUGCCUACUGUGCCCACUAUGUUCAAGACACAGAGCUAUGUCAAGUAUGCUUUGUCCUUUGAGCCCGAUCGCUUCUCUACUCAGAUGCAGCUUAGGUUUCGCACAAGAGAGCAACAUGGUGAACUAUUCCGUGUCAGUGACCAGCACAACCGGGAAUAUGGAAUUCUUGAGAUUAAAGAUAGCAGAUUACAUUUCCGCUAUAAUCUUAAUAGUCUUCGUACUGAGGAGAAAGAUCUCUGGUUAAGUGCAGUUGCAGUGGAUGAUGGACAAUGGCAUACAGCUAAGGUUUCACGACAUGGUUCAGCUGCAACUUUGGAACUCGAUGGUGGCGAAGGCCGUAGAUACAACGAAACCUUCACCUUUGAGGGACACCAGCUUUUACUGGUAGAUAAGCAGGAAGGUGUUUACGCUGGAGGAAAAGCAGAAUAUACAGGAGUUCGAACAUUUGAAGUUUAUGCUGAUUACCAGAAAGGCUGCCUGGAUGACAUCAGACUGGAAGGGAAGCAUCUGCCUCUGCCUCCUGCAAUGAACGGGACUCAAUGGGGACAGGCAACAAUGGCUAGAAACUUAGAGCGUAACUGCCCUUCUAAUAAACCAUGUGCUAAUGUCAUCUGUCCUGAUCCAUUUGAGUGUGUUGAUCUGUGGAAUGAAUAUGAAUGCACCUGUCCCACUGGAUUCCGAAUUCAGGGCAGAGAUUGUGUAAACGAAGAUGAAUGUGAAUGGAGGCCCUGCCUCAAUGGAGGCCGUUGUGUUGACUUUGCUGAUGAACGUCAUUACGCCUGUCUUUGUCCUCCUGGUUUCAAGGGAAUACAUUGUGAACUGGAACAGCUUGAAUCAGGAAUAAUUAAACCAUCCACAAAUUUCAUCAUAGCCAUCAUAUCUUGUGUGAUUCUCUUAAUAAUAUUGGUCCUAGUCUUUGUAGUAUACAACAGACGCCGUGAAGCCCACAUAAAGUAUCCAGGACCAGACGAUGAUGUCCGUGAAAAUAUUAUUAAUUAUGAUGAUGAGGGUGGUGGAGAAGAUGACAUGACAGCUUUUGACAUCACACCCCUGCAGAUCCCUAUUGGAGGGCCAAUACCUGAGAUGACUGGAAAGAUGCCAUAUUCACAUUUUCCAGUGCCUCCUUUGGGGUCUGAGCCAAAUGUCGGUGUCUUUAUUGAAGAACACAAGAAGCGUGCUGAUGCAGAUCCUAAUGCUCCUCCAUUUGAUGACUUGAGGAACUAUGCAUAUGAGGGAGGCGGUAGUACGGCAGGCUCUUUAUCAUCUUUAGCAUCUGGCACUGAUGACAAUGAGCAGGACUUUGAUUAUUUGGGUACAUGGGGUCCACGGUUUGACAAACUGGCUGAUAUGUAUGGACAAGAAGGUGAAGAAAGUGAAGAAGAACAGUAAAGGGAAGCUACAGUCCUCCACCAGUCAUUUUUAGCAGAGUCUGUUAGAUAUUUACUGCAGUGCAGGUGGUUUGAACACCUCAUUUUGAGGUGAGUCGAAACAGAAGCAUUUAUCAUGUGCUGUAGACAAGAACUGUGUUGGCACUAAUCUGAUCUCGUUGGUAGGGAGAAUCUGAAGCCCUAGUCUAUCCCUGGCACUCUAUUCCUUUUACAUGGACCUGCCCUGUGCCAGAUAUUUACCUCAACUCAGGAUUUGCAGAUUAACUCACACUGUUAUAGUAUCUUAUAUGAAGCAAAGAAUUUGUUCAUGUAGAGGUAAGCUUCCUCUUACUGAACAACAUGGACUGUCUAAUUCCUGUUCCUCAUAGGUCACUAUCCCAGAAACUGGCCUAAAAAUUCAUACUUUUGAUAUAAGAAGAAGAAAAAGAUGAAGUCAAUUACUUCGGGCAUAUAGAAGAACUGAUUUCAGGGGGAUAAAGUUUCAGUCUCAAAGUUCGUGAUGCAGGCCACAGGCCUUUUUCUUGGUAGUAUACCUAUGAUGCUCCUAGGCCUUUUUAAGUGAGAUUAUGUGAAAGUAAUUUUAAGACAAAUAAGACUGUAAAGGCCCACAAUCAACGUGAGUCUCACUAUGCUGUGUUCUUGAGUAUAGGAUGAGCACGAUGCCAGUAUUUAUAAACAAGUGUACAUGUAUUGUUCUCUUAAUGUGAAUCAAUUGUAACUGUGAAUGUUUUGUACAUAGUUGUCAUAGAGUAGAGAUGAGUUAUGUAACUGUGAAAAAGUUUGUCCUGUACUGUAGAUUAUGAACUGUAAAUAGGUUGUCAUUGUGUUGUAAUGUUUAAAGUACAGUAUACCAAGCCAAGGAUUAGUAAUUUAUUUCAUGUUUACAUUGUAAUAUUAUGGGCUCAACUUGAAAGAAGGCUACUGUGCUCAUCUUUCCUCCAAGGCCACAGUUUCUGUGACAUUUCUGUAUGUGUAUGAUUUGUAUUUGUUCCUGUUCAUAUGAGCGUGGAUGUUUGAGAGUGUGUGUCAGUUAAAAAAAGUCGCAAGUGGCUGUUGAGCGUUGUGCCAUUCCUCAAGUAAGAAAGGACUGGAUAAUUGAGUGUAGUAUGAAAGAUAUAUAUAGUUUGAUUGUCAGCAUACUAGCUGGAAAUAAAUCAAAAAGGUAGCUUGGAGAAUGUAUUUAUUAUUCUUUUACCCUUCUUCUUUUGGCAUGAAAUUAUGUCAAUUAUGAGAAUGUGUAGUGUAAACUCACAGAAAAAUCACAUUAAUGUUUUGCACUUGUGUAUCAAUUUGUAGUGUUAGUCAUAUUUUAAUACAUGUACAAUGUAAAAUACUUUGGUCUUCAUUCAAAAUGUAUAAUUCUGUGCAUCAUCAUACUUACGUUGCGAAGGUGUGAUUGUUUGAGUAAAGUGUGUAACUUAUUUGUGUGUUCAAGACCUUAGUAAGGAGAUUUAUUUGUACUUUAGUUAAUUAAUUGUUCUAGUAUAUUUUAAGCUCUGUAGCCAAAGUAAUCAUUUCAGUUUUGUAUUUCUUUUUGUGAGUCAUGCCAUCCUGAUAAUUGUUUGUGGUUUUUUUUUUUAUUUUUUUUUUUUAUUACUGUAUCAGAUUUUGUCAUAUUGAAUAAUUAAUUGCACCAGUUCAUAAAAUGGUAAUUUUUUUUCUUUUUUCAUUUCUGCUAUUGAAGUAGUACUCUUAUGUAACUGCAAGCAGUAAACUGCCUCAUACAUUCAGUGUAGCAGCUGAACAAAAUGAAUGGUAAAAUCUGUAUGUGAUAAAUAUUGUGACUGUGCUGUUGAUGAGUUCAUCAACAGAAAGUGGCCACAGGACAGUUCUCCUGUUGGAGAUCUGGUACGUGUUUUCAAUUUCUUAUACUAAACAGGACUGACAGUUUUUUAAGAGUUAAUUUUUCUAUCUUUAUGGUGAUGAAUGGGAUACUUUGUACAUGUUAAAGAUAAUGCUCAAAAACAAAAGCUCUCCAGGACUCUGUAACUUAUGUUGCAAACUCUAAUGGGGUAAACUUUUUUUGUUCAGAAUAGUGGUGUAAUAAUAAUUUGUACAUGUAGUAUCUGAAUAUUUCUAUUGUCUUGCAUUGUUGCUUCUACAAUCGUUUUUUUUUUAUUUUGUCAACUUUUUACUGAUAUCGCUUUUGUUUAUAAGAUUCCAAGAAAUUAACAUAUACAGCUUCAGUAAGCACAAAAUUGGGAAAAUUAUAUUAAAAAAGCAUUUGGGAUUAUUGACCAUAUGUUAAUUAAAUAUAAUUUCACAUAAUAAAUAAAAAUCCUGUAACUGAAACAGGCAAUCAGUUGUCUGAGGCAAUUAGUAAUAAGAGAAUACGUAACUGAAAACCCUGAUAUCUAGAUAUUGUGUCAGGCUGUGACAAUUGGCUCAAAUUUCUAGAGAAGUUACAUCAGUAUUAGUGCUCAUGAAAGCCUUCUGCAUGGCAUGGUGUGUAAAAUAAUGUGUGAGAAAGCAAGUAACUGUGGUUCAUUUUCAUGACGAUAUAAUGUAAAACUGCAGUUAAAGGCAUGUAAUCUAAAAGCUCAAAUUGUCACUGCCAUUACAGAAUUUAAUGAACAUUUCUACCACUUUGAUUCAAAACACAGUGUAAAGAUCGAAAUGAAAAAGAAGUACAUCUAUGUAAAUUUUUGGGCAUAGUUCAGCAUGAGAUAUUCAGAUAUUUUUUAAUCACUGAGAGAAGUAAGGAGGCAGUACUCUGCCUACAUAGUGACAAGAAAAGGAGAUUUUGUACAAUUUUGAACUAAUAGGGAAGCCACAUUACACUCCUCAUUAUCACCAUUAUCACAUCAGACAUUAUGAUUGUUUCUUACAUGAACCAUGAUACACUGACUGUGGGUUAAUUAAAAACCACUAAAUUCUGUCUUUAAUGACUUUUGAGACAUAUUUGUUGUUUUAUUUUUAUUAUAUUUAUAUAACUGUAAAAUGUGUUUCAGUAGUGCAUAUUGAAAAAAUGAUAGAUUUGUGACUAAUGUGAACUCAGAGGUUGUGGUAGCUUGCUGAUAGUUUUCUGAAAAUAUUUUAUUUAUGGACAUACAUUUUUGCAUAUUGUUUAAAUAUUAAUAUUGAAAAUCAGCAGUUGGACCAAAAAUGACACUCAUCCUCUAAAACUAGCACCGGAGAGUUGGAAAAAGUUUUUUUGUAUCUGAAGUCAUUGAAACUUUAAUUGUAUUCCAAAGCAUAAAUUGCAAUGUGUGAAACUGAAAAUUAACCCAGAGAAGUGGUUCAGUGUGCGGUUACAGUAUUUGUACCUUCAUCUACAUUGUUAUGUAUUGGAUGUGCAUGAUAUUUUUUGAAUUUCAUUUCUAGAACUGUAUGCUGUAAUUUCAUUAUGUGAGCAAGGUGCAAGCCAACAUGACAGAACCUUAAUCCCUGAGCUUGCUAUGUUAAUUGUGUAAUUUUUCAUUGCCAACUGAAAUCUUGGAAUAAUAAAGUGUAAUUUAUAAU